UUAACUCUUUUUCUUUCUUUUUUUCUUCUUUUCUUACCUUCUUUCCUUCCGUGCCCCUUCCCUUGUACCCGUCGGAGCCACCGGACCCGCGACCCUAGAUAUUAUUUUGAAGCUCACGCCACUCCUUUCCGAUUAUCCAUUCCGUUUUUUAGGUGUGGUGUGAUCCGUCCAACUACAUCUCUCGAAUUUCCACGCUUAUAUCUCAUCUCUUCUACAUUCUUCCUACAACGAUUGGCAUCCAUAAUUGAGCGUUUCUCGUUCAAUAACCAUGCCUGGAAGGACGCUACCAACGUUUACCUCCGCCGAGGUUGAGUCCCAUAACAAUGCCAAAUCCUGCUAUGUGACUCUGGGAUCCAAAGUCUACGAUAUUACCUCUUUUGUCGAUGAUCAUCCUGGUGGCGGUGAUUUGAUCCUUGAGUAUGCUGGGAAAGACGUCAAAGAAAUUCUGCGCGAUGCCGUCUCCCACGAACACUCGGAAGCAGCCUACGAUAUUCUAGAAGACAGUCUGGUUGGCUUCAUUGCCUCGGACUCGACUGGCAAAGGUGCAAGCAUAGAUGGUGUAGGGAAAUCAUCGGGCCCUGUAUAUGCCGCAACUGGAAUGUCCCGCGAAGAGGACUUGUCUGUUGAGACGGAUUACUCCAAGGAUUACCAGACGCACAAAUUCUUGGAUCUCAACAAGCCUCUCCUUAUGCAGCUCUGGAACGGUGGCUUCAGCAAAGAGUUCUACUUGGAGCAGAUCCACCGCCCACGCCAUUACAAGGGAGGAGAAUCAGCUCCUCUCUUUGGAAACUUCCUGGAGCCCCUGAGCAAGACUGCAUGGUACGUGGUUCCGAUUCUAUGGCUGCCGCCUGUUACCUACGGUACCAUGAUCGGGUUUGCCGGGCUGGGGAAUGUGUCUGCUGCAGCUGCCUAUUGGGUUGGUGGCCUUUUCCUGUGGACAUUGAUCGAGUACCUUAUGCAUAGGUUUUUAUUCCAUCUUGACCGAUAUCUUCCUGAUAACCGGGUCGGCUUGACCCUCCAUUUCCUGUUACACGGCAUUCAUCACUAUCUACCUAUGGACAAAUACCGACUUGUGAUGCCACCAACGCUGUUUGUCGUCCUCGCUACACCAUUUUGGAAGCUGGCGCAUAGUGUCUUCUUCUAUAAUUGGUAUGCCGCCUUGAUGGUAUUCUGUGGCGGCGUAUUCGGUUACAUAUGUUAUGACUUGACCCAUUAUUUCCUCCAUCAUCGCAAUCUUCCACUCUACUAUAAGGGACUCAAGAAGUACCACCUCCAACAUCAUUUUGCCGACUUCGACAAUGGUUUCGGUGUCACCAGCCGGUUUUGGGACCGUAUUUUCGGUACUGAGCUUGAAACACCCGCACCUAAAGAUGUGAAGACCCAGUGAACGCAAUCGCAUAAGGAUUUGCGUUCAUCUGAAUUAUCCUAAGUACGAAGUAAUGUCGAGGCUGAUUACGGCUCAGUCUUUCAUUCAUGUUUGUUUCUGAAAUCAUAGGAUUUCGAAAGCUUAGUUUUUGUUCCACCCUACUCUGCUU